GAACCAAUCACACAUUGUAUACUGAACAUAAACCACUGUCUUAAAUUAUAUUGUAAGUUUUGUUUUUCUAAAAAGUUUUUUUUACUUAACAAUGUGCUACAAUUGUUACAGGUUGUUUGCAUUGUAUAGGAAAAUGUACUGGCCUCAUUUCUAUUAGACCCAGACUUCAUCAGAUAAAAGGCAGAAACAGAAGUUCAUGAUCACAAUGGAAUAAAAGAGCACAUGGGCAUGGAGACACCAAACAAAGACAGUUCAUCAUCCACUGUCAAUAUUUCUUACAGGGUGUGCAAACAUUAAUGUAACUUUAAAUUAAGCUUGAGCAGUUUCAAGUUAAAAACCCUCCUAAGGCUCAAGAAUGAUGGCAUGGAAAUCAAAGCUGGGAGGAUCCAAGAAACUGAAAUAAGAAGAGUAGUGAAGAGAAUGGAAGGGGGAGGGAGAAACAAAAAGGAAAAGGAUGGGGGAAGUGAGUGAAAAAUGAAUGGGGCUAGGGGUUGGAAGCAUGCCUUAGUAUCUUUGAAAGAAGGACAAAAGAACACUGACCAGGUCUCAUGGGCUUAUAUUACCAAGGCAAGACCAGAAUUAAGUUAUGUAUCCAGAGAGAGCAGAACCACAAACCAGAGUGCAUGCCCACAUUAUAUUACUCCUAUAGUUUCCAUUGUGUUCUAGUAUCACACAGAGCCAGAGUUUAAAAUAACGGUCACUGCAUCCUCUAUAUAUCUUCAAACAUGCACUUCAAAAUUGACAAGUGCACAAAAAGCACACGUUAAACUAAGAAAUAUGCAAACUUUAUCUCUUGUAUGAAUAUGCAACAUAGUCAUUGCUCUACUUUGUAAAAAUAAGUACCUAAAACGUUUACUUAAUGCUGACACCAUACCAGACAUAGGUGCAGCCAUGCGUUUUAACUCCUGCACUAAUUAGACUGUGUCCAAACUGCUGGGCCUUCUGGGCCUUCUUCCUUAUGGCAAACAUGGUGCUACUCUGUUAGCUUGCUUCCACAUGCCAGAAGACAGGCUACUUCACCAGCACAGGGGCACAGGCUAAACCUCAUCCCGUGGUAGCUACCACUUACUCACUUCUAAGACUAGACAGAACUACACCAAAACCGUUUAUAACCGGCAAACUUAAAACUUUUACUUUCAAAAACAGGCCUACAAACUUUAGUGUUGCCAAUUAAUUUGCUGCUGCUACUAAUACUACUGCGUUAUUCCCAGUAUGACAAGCAAUAUAUACUUAGAUUUAAGGUUUAGAUUUAAUUCCUGUGCUUUGACCAAGUAAUUCUAACUACCAAAGGCUCCACGUGCAGAUCAGAAAAAGCAAAAAACAAAAAAAAAAACAAGUUUCAGUCAGUGUUGAGCAGAUCAUUCUCAUGGCUGCCUAAAACAAUUAUGUCAUCUUAUUUAAAAUCCAGCACGUUAUCAGCUACGCUAACAUCUGGAGAACCGAUUGCAGCGCAAAAUGGGAAGAAAUGCGGACAGCAACUUCAGCAACUUCAGCUAUUCUGUCGAUUACACACGGAAAGGCCAACAAGACAUAAUCAUGGCGUCACGUGGACUUAAGAAAGAAGAAACUCUCGCAAUGAGAGAAAGAUUAAUUGGGCAGUCUUGUAGACUCUUUUAUUCAGAUGACCCUGUAAAAAUUGUACGAGCAAGAGGACAAUAUCUGUUCGAUGAAAAUGGCAAACGUUAUCUGGACUGCAUUAGUAACGUUCACCACGUGGGUCAUUGUCACCCAAGUAUUACAAAGGCUGCUGUAGCACAAAUGGACCUCCUGAACACAAAUACUAGAUUCCUUCAUGACAAUAUAGUAAUGUAUGCAGACCGCCUGGCUGCCACCUUGCCUGACAAACUGUGCGUCUUCUACUUUGUUAAUUCUGGUUCGGAGGCCAAUGAUCUUGCCCUGCGCUUGGCACGGCAGUACACCCAACAUGAGGAUGUCAUAGUGCUUGACCAUGCAUACCAUGGGCAUCUAGUGUCCCUCAUCGACAUUAGUCCUUACAAGUUCCGGAAAUUGGCGGGACAAAAAGAAUGGGUUCAUGUGGCACCUCUACCAGAUGUCUACAGAGGCAAAUUCAGAGAGAAUCACCCUGAGCCGGGCCAAGCGUAUGCUGAUGCUGUAAAGGACCUAAUAGAGGAUGUGCACAGGAAAGGCCGUAAGGUAUCUGCCAUCUUUGUUGAAUCGUUGCCAAGUGUUGGAGGGCAAAUUAUAUUACCUGAGGGAUACUCCUCUAAAGUUGCAGAAUAUGUGCACUCAGCCGGUGGAGUGUUUGUGGCAGAUGAGGUGCAGACUGGUUUUGGACGUGUGGGAAGUCACUUCUGGGCAUUCCAGCUGCAGGGAGAGGGUUUCUGCCCGGAUAUUGUGACGAUGGGCAAACCUAUGGGCAAUGGGCACCCUGUGGCAUGUGUGGCAACCACCGUAGAGAUAGCUGGAGCUUUCACAGCUAAUACAGUGGAGUACUUCAAUACGUUUGGAGGGAACCCAGUUUCAUGUGCAAUUGGCCUGGCAGUUCUUGAUGUAAUAGAGCAAGAGGACCUAAGAGGAAAUGCUAUGAGGGUGGGAGCCCAUCUUAAAGAGUUGUUUAAAAAGAUGCAAACAAGACAUGAAUUAAUCGGUGAUGUCAGAGGUGUAGGACUGUUCAUAGGAGUUGAGCUAGUUACAGAGAGAGGGAAGAAGACUCCUGCGACAAAAACAGCUGCACACAUAAUCAAGAGGCUGAAAGAAGAGGAUCUAAUCUGUGUGAGUACAGAUGGCCCCUGGGACAAUGUGUUGAAGCUUAAACCGCCCAUGUGCUUCACUGUGGAGAAUGCAGAACUGGUAGCGCAAUGUUUUGAUCGCAUCCUCACAGAUAUGAAAGCCAAUGACCUCAAACUGGACAAGGAAGACAUCUAAGGUUUCUCAAACCUGUAGAAAAACUUUUAAUUGCAUCAGAAAUCGUCAAAUGGUCACAUUCAUAAAAUUCAGAGGUAGAACGACUGUACUUGAGGUUCAGUAGAUCAAACAAGUUCAUUCAUGUUUCUUGACAGAACAUGUUGCCGCUUUUCACUCAACACUGACCAAUGUUGCUUUUUGAAAUAUAUUUCAUAAUUUCUGUCUGGUGGACACCACCUUCGUUCUAUCAGCUAAAAUUAAAUUAAACACAGGCAGUCUCAAAGUGAGAACCAUAUGUGGUGAAUGACUAUUUAGGGACGACUGCUCAGAUUGGUUUGUAGCUUGCGUCUACUAAACAGUAAAAAUACUGUAGAUCUAUCUCUCCAGGUGUUAAAUGGAAUCAAUGCUGUAAGCUUUAGAGGUAUAAAACCAACGGAAUGAGCUUAAUUAUAUGUACAUAUGUAAAGUGGUACCAGCUACAGCACACUUAACCACCUGGGAGAAGACUGAUGUGAGAUUACUGGAAAAUAGUAUUUAAAUAAUCAUGGUGCUAAUGAACCACUUUAAUCCUCAAUGUUUAUCUAUUCACAGCAGCAUUAAAAAUAAUUUUCCCUAACAGUAAUCAGCAACAUGUUCUCAUUACACACUAUGGUUGAAAUAUUCACUUACCAGACCACUAACUCUAAGUCCUGGACACAUUCACAAUAAUGCUCAAGUAUUGCUAGUGGGGUGGGUAUUAAGACUCAGGCAGUUAUCCUGCAGGUAGUGAAGUAUUCCCCCACAGCUUCCCAAAGAGGCAUCCGUAGCGAUGUUAAUAUUACUCAUGACAAAAACAAGCAAGCCAUUUAACAGUACAAAACAUUUAACAUUAACUUUACAAAUAAUAACAAAAAGAUCCAUGUGUAAUAUAAACCAAAAUUUUAUUUCUACCAAUUUGCUCAAGACACUAGAGGAAUGAGUUUCCAGUGAGAGAGGGGGUACCCUCUUACAUUAACAGGCUUGCGUUCAGUUGAAUAACACUAGUAAAGCCACUUAAAAUUGUAGACAUGAUGGGGGAAGAAACUCUUUAAAAGCCAAAAGAAUAAUAAUAAAAAAAAGAUGCUGGUUGUCCUCGUCUACUAGGCCAUCUGCAAACAUUCACUUGACACGUUUACAAUGAACCCUUUGAUUACGUUAAAUCCCUUAAUUUACCUCACCCCACAUCUGAAGCCAUGCAACUCGCAUCCAACACUCAGUACGGGAGAAAAUAACUAAAAAUCUAGAAACACCAAAAAAAAGGAAAAAAAGCAAAAUUGUUUUAUUUGAGAGCUUUAAAAGCUCCUUUAUCCUGCUGUCUGUAAAUCCAGUAGACAUGUAAAAAUACAACCAUACAAUACAUUAGUUUCAAAAAGGUACCAAAAAGUACAGUAAAAAUAACACUUCCAUCAGUGGAAAUGUAAAUGACACAAAACAAUAUAAAAUAAAAUGUGGAAAAGUGACAUUUGCUUCCCCAGUUCCUCACUUGUUCUGUACAAAUGGAGCAUGAGUCCAAAUUUCUGCCAACUCCAAAGGAAAAGCCAGAGCCCAUGUUCGCUGUGGUCAGACCAUGGAUCUCUUUCUUAUUUACUUUAGACCUUAAGAGAAAAACACGGUGCUUAACAUUACUGAGAAUAAACCAAUUACGGCAUGCAGUUACACAAAGACAGACAGGUGUAGAAUGAGUCUGACAGGUCAGUGAAUGAAAAGACACACGGUUUUGGGGGGGGGGGGGGGGGGGGGGGGGGGGUGUGAAACGGUCCCUACUUCAAUUCUCAACUACCACCAACUCAACCUUUAUUGAUCAAGUAGUGCGUUUUACAGAUGCAGCUUGAGAUGGCCAACAAGUGGAAUGGAUUUGUCUUUAAUGACCAGAGACCCCACAGCAUGGCUUACCCUGACCCCACCUCAAUGAAUUUUAAGUAGAUGGAGAUUGUCGGGAAUUCAAAAAGGCACUAAUGGUUACAGCUAUGUUCUCACACUACCACGGAUGAUGCAAAAUGCAUACCUGCACUAUGUGUGAUCAGUAUGGCUUGUAGCUACUCUGGUGGCCUCCACGUCUUGGAGUUUUCCCAUAGCUUGUAUUGCCCUGGUCUGGAGGACAAGAGAAAAAGGGACUGAGUUCUUCUGUACAACGAGGACGACCAAGAUAAUAAAGUUUUUCGUUCCUGGGGGCACUUAUCGCUUACUGUAAUCGUAGCCACCCCCAUAGCCGUAAUAACCAGCAGAGUAGUCAUAGUUGCCAUAGCCGCCAUAUCCAUAGCCUUGCUGUCCGUAGCCAUAGUUCUGGUUGUAUCCCUGGUUCCAGUAGUUGUUGUAGCCUUGAUUCCAGUUCUGGCCCUGGCCUAGCAACAACAGUAAAGCGUUUGUCACACCUCUCCAGCACACGCAACCCAGGCCAACCCAAGUGUGGGCUGAAAGAUGUGCCACUAUACAACGAAAGCCCAUGCUUACCUCCACGACCCCUGCCACGUCCCCCGUAUCCGCGUGCACCGUACUGCUGCUGCUGGUAGACCUCUUUGGGUUGGGCAAUUUUGAUUUCACACUGGAACAUCACAAGAGCACAUUAAAUUAGUGUGAGAGUUCAAUAUGGUAAAUUUUCCACAACUGUAUUUGGAAUGUAUCACAUGUCAUUACCUUGCUUCCACCAACAUUAUGGUAUUUCUUCUCCAUAACCUUCUUGACGGGAGCCUCGUCCUUGUAUGUGAUGAACACAAAUCCCCUUCUUUUUUCUGUCUUUGGGUCUUGUGGAAGCUCAAUAGUCUCAAUCUGUGCCAGAAGAAAAACACUUUAAUGCAAACAUUGUUACAACCAAGUGCCUUAACACCACGACAAAACCCAGCAAACUACAUACCUCUCCGAACGUCCCAAAGUACUCCUGAAUCACUUCCUUUGAGGUGUCAGGGUUAAGACCUCCAACAAAGAUUUUCUUGACUGGAUCCUUCUUCAUGGCCAUAGCCUUCUUAGGGUCGAUUUGUCGGCCAUCUAGCCUGUGCUCCUUUUGUUCAAGAACCUUAAAGUAAAAGCCAACAAUAGAACUUUAAAAUUUGAGCCUUACUGUAAACGCAUCAAUCUCCAUUCAGCCGUCUGCCCACUCACCUUGUCUACACUGGCGGCAUCUUUAAAAAGAAUGAAGCCAAAGCCCCUUGACCGUCCUGUCUGCUGGUCCAUCUUUAUGGUACAGUCUGUCACUUCACCAAAUUUGGAAAAGUAAUCCUUGAGGUCCUUCUUGCUCGUGUCCCAGCUGAGUCCACCAACGAACAUUUUCCUAAUCACAAAAAGGGAGCAAAAGUGCACGUUUAGCAUGCAGGUCAAUAUUAACGGCUCCAGCCCUAUAGCCAUGGCUGUGGGGGCUGGGAUGUUUGUUGCACGGAGGGGAGUGGGGGGUAUAAUUGUACACACUGUUCCAAAACAUCUGUUGACCUAGUGACUUGGAAGACAUGCUACAGUUGCUGUAGCUUAGCGAGCAUUUACAACACUAACUAAAUGCAAGGAAAAUCCCUAUGGCCCGAGCGCGCACUCCUCCUACGUAGCCGCUACGGGGUAGAUGUGAUCCCUGCUCCGGCGCCCAUCCCCCCUCCGCUCUGCACAUGGCGCCAACAAAGGCCGGUUGAACAAAGAAACACGGGAAAUGCACGGCUGCGCGGUCUAAAUGGCGACUGCGCGAGCGGAACGCAGCGGAGUGUGGGUCCAAGCUCACCCCGCAUCCUCCUCUCCUUUGCUGGCGUCGAUCUGACCGCCCUCCGUUCCGCCGUUUUGCGAGCCCUCGUCCUCGUCGGGCCCCGCGCCCUCUCCGCUGUCAUCCACGGCGCAGCCAUCGUUGCCCUCCUCGGCGAGCCCGGCUCCGUUAAAAUCGUCGUCGACUUCGUGGCCGUUCUCCGAGGUCUCCAUAUACUGCUGCUCUAUCUCAGACAUGUUGCACUGUUACACCUGAGCCCCAAGGGAAAGAAUAAAAUAAUUAAUCCCGCUGAUUAUAUAAUCCGUUAUGCCGUGCAUGCAUCGCCAUUUACAUGGUGCCCAUAGGUGAAUAUCCCACCAUUUUGGCAAACGCGAUCGGGCUUCAUACAUUCAUGGAAAACCGCGUUUGUCAGCGAGUGGCAAAAUGGCAGCCAAGUAGCGCUUACUUACACAAGACAGUGACUAAAGUACGUUUGUGCGAGCGAUUACAUGAAGCGUAGCCAUCUGUAUCGCACUGAUAAACCAACCUACACUGUGCGACUCAUAUUCGUUACGUAAUGCGGAGGCCGAGCUAGCGGCGCCCUGGGCCUCUAUUUGCAAGUCAAUUCCGAUGUUUAACUUGCAUCUACUUCAAAAAUACUAAAACCAAAACACUGACAACAACAUUUCCGCGACAAUACAUAGGCAUAAGGCAUGACUAAAGAAGUAGAAAAGCCGGCUUACUGGUCACACAACCGGAGAGCUCUCUUCAAGAUGGAUUCUCCCACACGACGACAACUCGUGGUUGGUUUUUUUAGAACCGGCAGGAAAAAAGCGACGUUUCUGCGCACAAGCCAUCUGAUUGAACGAACCGCGCUGCCAAUCACAGCGUCGGCCAAUUACAUGCGCGGCAUCUUCUUUUCACAGAAGAGGUCUCCGCCCCAGUACACAGGAAGGACCUCAGAAAACCUCUUGUGUUUCGUGAAAGUGCGUUUGUUCGGUGGUCGUACAGGUCAUUUCUGCGCAUUUAAAGACGGGGGUUGCAGCUGCUGCUGUGUCCUUUGGAAUAGGGUUUAUCUGGUUUAUUCUCAGACUUUAACAGCUCUGCACUGCACAUCAGUGACUCUGACAAAAACAUACACGAAAGCAACAGGAGGAACAGACACGUUUGUGCGAAAUUGAACGACAUAAUGUCCAGAAUGUACAACACAGCAUGUUUGAAUGCUUAUUACCGGUAGACAAACACAUCAGCUCUAAUCAUGUUGCUGUUAUGUCAUCAGUGUCCACUGCACUACGAUCCAGUCGCGAAGUCUAUUUUAAAGCUGCUGAUUUGUUGUUUUUCAAUGCUAUUAUUUUAAAGUGUGUGGUUCUGUGGACUUGUUAAGCUUUUCAGUCUAGAUUUCUGACUCCACUAAUAACAUCGACAUGAGCCAUCAAAUAAUACAUAUCAAGUAUGUUAUUAUAGAGUUUUAACUAAGCCUUAUUUUGUUGGGUUUAAUACAGUUUUAUAAGAAAUGUGUGGUCAUCUUCUGUCACAUUUUCCAGACAGGAAAGUGUUGAGACAUUAUGAAAUUAGCUGCUAUGUUCUGGUCAGAUUCACCACCAAACUGAUUUGUUAAAUACCUGCAUAUUUAUUUAACAGCUAACAAAUAGUUUCCUUAUGUUUUGUGAUGUUUCAAUAAUAUACUAUACUAUACUAUAUUAUCUCUCUAGUAAUUUCUUACUUGUUAAAAAAACAUUCUAGUGCCACAAAUGAUGCAGUGUUGAUGUAAUUGUUACAACUAAGUUGUUCUUUUAAUAUAAAUUUGGGCUUAUUUUCUUUUCUAUUUAAGCUUUGAAUUAGAUCACAUCCUUAAUUCUACGAAUCUGCUAAGUUUAUCAUGAAGCAAACAACAAGUGGCGCUGGUUACUUUAUUAUAGUAUUAAAGACAUAAAAAGACA